CUUCAAAUCUUGGCCUUGGCCCUUGGCCCUUGUACCUAUCCCGUAAACCUGUCCUUGUUCAAAUGCUGCUGAUUUACUUCGCUGCUACUCUUUGAUCAUCACCUUCCAUAACCAUUCUCGUCUCUGGGUAUUACCUGAUCCUACCUAACCUCUCUCUCUAACCUUUUAACAUUCUUCUAAACUUCGUGAUCUCCCACUUUAUUCGUAAUACGCUUCAGCUAAUUGUAUUCAUCGUCAAUCAAUUAUUUCCACUCUUCGUCUUUUCCCAGUCAGGGGGUUACGGUAUUAGAAACUCUCGUCGCUCCAUCUUGCAUCAUCUCGCAUUAGACAUUCGAUCCCUCACGUCCUUUACGACUCCUCUCCUAACACGGCAUCUCUAGUUUUCCUUGCUCUUGAUCAUCGGCUGCAUUCUCUGCGAUACCCUUUAGACUACUCGGUCUUCUACUAUUUCCGCCUCUGCGUCUAACACUCGACUGGCUAGUCUCUCCUUUCCUCGAGUAUCGUCACAGUAGCAAUAUUCUACUCGCAUCCGAUCUCCUCGGUACGCCGAAGAAAAAAAAUAGUUAUCCAGGUCGAAUUGUCUGGAUGACGAAUAAAUCCGAAAAUACCAAUUCGAAUUCUCUGCCCAAUACCGCCAAAGUGUCUUCCCCAAUCCUCAUUCCCCGCACCGUCUCUUACGACGUUGGUACAAAUCCUCCAAGACGGGGAGGUACUACCUAUCUCGAUAUGGGUGAUUCUAAGUCAGCUAGGAGGCGGAGAUCGAGCAGCAUCCUUCAGAUAUAUCAGGAACCGCAAGAGCCUAUAGAGCAGUUGAACGACCAAUCCACUCUCCCGAAUCUCAAUGCGAACUGGGUCAACGCUAAAGGGGCGUGGACCAUCCACAUUGUUCUGAUCGUUGCGCUCAAGAUUCUCUGGGAUGUUAUACCUGGUGUCUCCCAGGAGACCUCCUGGACCUUGACCAAUAUUUCCUAUAUGUUCGGCUCCUACAUUAUGUUCCACUACGUUCGUGGCGUACCUUUCGACUUCAACAGUGGCGCAUAUGACAACCUGAAUAUGUGGGAACAAAUCGACGAUGGCGCACAGUACACCCCCGCCAAGAAAUUCUUGCUUAGCGUUCCUAUUGUGCUCUUCCUCUUAAGUACACACUAUACCCAUUACGACCUCACAUAUUUCACCAUCAACUUUCUAGCUGUGCUAGGAGUAGUUAUACCGAAACUACCCUUUAGUCACCGCAUGAGGGUCGGCCUAUUCUCCGGUGUGCCAGAAGAGUAAAAUGACGAUGGUACUUAGCAUGUUCGUACAGGCGUUUGAAAAAUGGAUGUGGGUUUGGGAGGCUGCGAGUCAUCAAUGGGGAUAAUACAUAAAAGUAGAGGGGAUAGGAGGUGGUGGUUAAAUCAAAUAUCGAUUAUAUGAGCAAAUCAGUCAAGUCAAGAAAACAUCACAUCUCACGACCGUGUUAUUGCCCCUUAUUCCGAUAUAUAUUGCUUAGUCGAGCUCUCCGACUGUUUAGCUCCGACGCAAUCCUCUUAACUAUGACUAUGAUUUUAUUGAUGGUGCUAGUAGUGUAAGUUCGGUAACGCCAAUACCUAUUGAGGUUAUGAUACCACAAAUGCGGCGUAUUAUCAUCUAUCUUAGCC